AUGACUCUGCGGUCGCCGCCGGGGGCACUGGACCACCCAAAGCUCCUGCAAGCGACGAGCCCUGCUACUAGCAGCAGUAGCAGGGACCAUCGUCUCAUCAGCAGUCUCAGCGUCGUCGACGACAUGCUCCCGCGGUCGCCCAAGCUGCUCAGGACCAACUCCUCCAAGAAGGUGCCGGCGGCCAGCAACCUGGAGCGGGCGCUGCUCAGCUUCAGGUCCUGGGAGGCCAGCGCCGGCACCAUCGACGACGCCAACAAGCCCGCCGCCGGGGUCGCGGCCGCCGUUCCGGUUCCGCCGGCGUCGCCCGUGCAGCGCCGCAUCCACGGCGCCAGGCCGGGACGCCUGGCCCUCCACAGCCCGACCAGCAGCGGCGGCAGGCCGGCCAUGGCUGAUGCCGACACCACCGUCGACGUCCUGCGGUCCCCGCUCCACGAGGCGGCCGCCACCCGGGUGCAGAAGAUGUUCAAGGGCCACCGCACGCGCCGCACCCUGGCCGAUUGCGCCAUCGUCAUCGAGGAGCUGCUGUGGAAGCUCUACGACUCCGCCUCGCUCGACCGCACCUCCAUCUCCUUCUUCACCGCCACCGCCGGCGGGGAUGCCGAUGAGAUUGAGACGGGCAUCACAUCACAUCAUUCAGAUGCAGAAGCAGUUUUGUUCUUGGGCUCGGAAGUGGUGCUCUCAGUAGAUAUGGUUACAUACAGUAGCUGA